AUGAACGCUACUGUACUAACUGCUGUUGACACUGGCCAUGAGAGCAUGAUUCAUGAUGCUCAGAUGGACUAUUAUGGUACUCGCAUGGCAACUUGUUCUUCAGAUCAUUCAGUGAAGAUCUUUGAUGUGAAGAAGGACUCCCAUUCCCUAGUAGCAGAUCUUCGUGGACACCAAGGCCCUGUAUGGCAAGUAGCUUGGGCCCAUCCUAAGUUUGGCACCCUCCUUGCUUCAUGUUCGUAUGACAGGCGAGUGCUCAUUUGGAGGGAGAGGGAUGGAAGGUGGGAACAACUUCAUGAACACAUUUCUCAUGAUUCUUCGGUGAAUUCAGUCAGCUGGGCACCGCUGGAGUUUGGACUCAUUUUGGCUUGUGGGAGUUCUGAUGGUUCAAUUUCAUUCCUGAGUAGCCAAGAUUAUGUCUCUUGGUCUGUCCAGAAGAUUCCUAAUGCUCAUACAGUAAGUGCUUCCAUCUAUUCAGUAUUUAUUGUGGGAGCC